UGCAAAGAACAAUUAACCACCAGAGGUCAAUAAUAAACAAAUAUGGAGGACGACUUAGAAGAAAUGAGAGCUCUGCGAGAGAGCCAGGAUUCAAGGCAAUUUAGAGACAACAGACAAGUAUUGAGUAAAGGAAAGGUAAAUUAUGGAGGAACAACAGAGGAAUUUAGCAGAAAUUUGUCAAAUAAAGAAGAUUCUGAUGACAUGUCAAAACUUGUGGGUUUCUCAGGAUUUGGGAAAAAAGCUAGAACAUUUGACUUUGAAGCAAUGUUUGAACAAACUAGGAGAGCUGCAAUUGAGAGGAAUCAGAAAAAUGAAGAAUUAAAAAUUGAGAACUUGGUUUCUCAAGAUGCACAGAAGGAUAAUAAUAAGCAAGUGGCACGCCUUUCAACUUCACAAUCUAAAGAAGAUAAUGACACUUCAUCUGAUGAUGACAUUAUUGGACCACCUAUACCACCUGAAAUUAAAGCCAGGUUAGAAGAGGAAGGUGAUGGUGAGAGUGAAGAAGAAGAUGAUGGUGAAGAAAUGAACAGGUAUAAGAAAAUUCCAGAUAGUCAUGAAGUUGAGCUCCGGCAUGGAGAUAAGUCUGUGACAGCACUUGGGUUGGAUCCCAGUGGAGCUAGACUGGUUACAGGAAGUUCUGAUUUUGAUAUUCAGUUUUGGGAUUUUGCUGGCAUGGGUGCAUCUUUGCAGUCAUUCCGAACUCUGAGGCCUUGUGAGUGUCACCAGAUCAAAAACUUAGAGUACACUGUAACUGGAGAUGCAAUAUUGGUAGUCUCUGGAGGGUGCCAAGCCAAAGUUUUGGACAGGGAUGGAUUUGAAAUUUUUGAAUGUGCUAAAGGAGACCAGUACAUUACAGACAUGGCUAGAACAAAGGGCCAUAUUGCUAUGUUGAAUGAUGGUUGUUGGCAUCCACGAGAAAAAGAAUUUUUAACUUGUUCCAAUGAUGGGACACUUCGAUUGUGGGAAGUUGAAAAGCAAUUACAUGUGAUUAAACCCAAGAAACAGGGAGGUCUCCGGGCGAUUCCUACAGCUUGUCGCUACAGUCGUGAUGGAAUUCUGGUUGCUGGUGCCUGUCAGGAUGGUUCUGUUCAGAUGUGGGACCAUAGGAAACACUUUGUCAACACAGCUGUUCUGAUAAGAAAUGCUCACCAAAAUGGAACAGAAACUUCAUCACUAGCCUUUUCGUAUAAUGGUAAACAUUUUGCCACAAGAGGAGGUGACGACACCUUGAAACUAUGGGAUAUUCGUAACUACAAACAUCCGUUAAACUCAGCAGAUAACUUGUUCAACAGAUAUCCAGUCACUGAUUGCAUGUUUAGUCCUGAUGAUAAGCUGUUGUUCACUGGAGUCUCUCUAACAAAAGGAGAUACUACUGGGAAACUAGUUUUUCUAGAUUGUGACACUUUCCACCAAAUGUAUGAAAUAGAGGUUUCUGAUGCUGGAAUUAUAAGAAGCUUAUGGCAUCCAAAGCUUAAUGAAAUCAUUGUUGGCUGCAGUAAUGGGUUAGUUAAAGUCUAUUACAACCCUGAUUUAAGUGAAAGAGGUGCUAAACUUUGUGUAGUGAAAACUCAGAGAAAGAAGAAACAAGUGGAAGUUAUUGUUCAACAGCAUAUCAUAACGCCACAUGCUUUACCAAUGUUUCGACAAGAUCGGCCUCGAAGUACAAAAAAACAACUAGAAAAAGAUAGGAAGGAUCCCAUGAUCUCUAAACAGCCAGAACUUCCAAUCACGGGACCAGGCCAAGGAGGUCGGAUUGCAUCAGCUGGAAACACGCUGUCCUCGUACAUUGUUCGUAACCUUGGAAUAAAGAAAAAAGAAGAUGAUAAUAUCGAUCCCCGGGAAGCAAUUUUACGUCAUGCCAAAGAGGCAGCUGAGAAUCCAUACUGGAUUUCUCCAGCUUACUCCAAAACCCAGCCUAAACCAGUGUUCCAAGAGGUAGAAGAGGAAGAGGAACCCACUCUGAAAAAAACAAAAUUUUCUGUAUAAAUAUUUUUAGACAAACAGGAAUGUUUCAUAUGUACAAGAUGUAUUUGUUUCUCAUUAUCCUGGAAGUGCUUAUUGGGCACAGAAAUUUAUUAACCAGUUGUUAUAAACAGAAUGGGGCUUUAAUGUCAGGAUAUUUUUUACACUAAAGGUCAAGAACAAAUGUUCUAUUUACAUUUUUAACUUUUUGGUCUACCAGCCAAACGAACUUGCAUUUUUUUUAAUAAAGGAAACUGUAAAAAUUAAAAUUAUUUAAGUAAAAAACAAGUAAUUGUGAAAGCUAGCUAAAUUCGCAUGGUCAUGAAGUUAACUAAAAUUCCAAAUAUGUUUUCAGAAUGCUUUCUCUAUCAGUUGGAGCAAAAAUGAAGAGGAAAAUACUUUUCAAAAGAAAUCAAUCUUGUUUUUCACUAUUGAAUAUUUAAUCAAUUUGUAACAUUUUACAUUGUAUUAUACUAAUUCCAAACAAACACUAAGCAGACUUUAUAAAAUAUGAAUUUCAGGGUUUAUUUUGUGUGUCAAACCUUCACUUUGUAAUAUAGAGUAAACAUGACCUACAUUGCAAGAUUAAAUACUUUUAGACUAUUAAACAUUUUCUUCGUAGCUUCAGAUAUGUAACAUCACAUACAUGUCAUUCUAAUUAAAUGGUAGUAAUCUUAUUACUGAUAUUAUGACCGUAUAAAAUGUGUUGAUGUUAGUUUUUUUCAUCAGUCAGAUAGUUAUUUUUAAAAUGAGACACCUAGUGAGAACUUACAAGAAUUCAACACUGUACAACAAUUUUUGUUUAACUUUUUAUUAUGACUUAUCCAUUACUUUGUAAUGUAAUUUUAAAGAAUUUUUAAUUAUUGACAUGC